AUGAUUGACACUUCAAGACACUUCCUGCCCGUCUCUGAGAUCCUGAAGGCCAUUGACCAUAUGCUUUACUCAAAGCUGAACGUCCUUCACUGGCACAUCAUCGACGAGGAUGCCUUCCCUAUGGAGGUGCCAGAAGUGCCUGAGCUCAGCGAGUUCGGCCAUAUCGGUGGGAUUUUCACAGUUGCUGACAUCAAGACUGUUAUCGAAUAUGCUAGGAUUAGAGGAAUCCGCGUGGUGCCAGAGAUCGACUCUCCUGCUCACACCCAAUCGUGGGGAAGGAGUGAAAAAUACAAGGACAUCACUCUCACAUGCAACGGAAUCUAUAUGGGCCAGUUUGAUCCCACUCUCGACCUGACCUGGGAAGUAGUCAACGAUGUCAUGAACUACGUCAAUGACACAUUCGAUGACCAGUACGUCCACUUCGGAGGAGACGAGACAACAGCAGAAAAAAGUCUGGAGAGGUAUUUCCCAACCAAAAAGGUGAUCUACUGGGCAAACGAAGACAUUGAUCUUCCCAUGCAAGAUGAGGACGUCAUCGAAUGGUGGGGAAUAAGCACCAACGUGGGAAGGAUGGUCGGAAGAAAAAACGAAGUCAUUUUGUCCAACUACGAUAUCACCUAUCUCGACAUCGGCUUUGGCAACUUCUACGGCAACGUUUACGGAGUCUAUGAGGACUGGAGGAAGAUGUACAGCUACGAGCCAAGAGUGCCUUCAGUUAACGUCAUCGGUGGAGAGUCAUGCAUGUGGAGCGAACUCACCAACAAGCACACCUUCGAGCAGAAAGUCAUCCAAAGGUCCAGCGUUAUCGGUGAACGCCUUUGGAACGUCAACGUUGACAUCAGCUCAGAGAUAAACAACAUCGCCACCCGGCUGACAGCUCAUACCCAAAGGCUGAGAGAAAGGGGAUUCAAGGUGUGGCCAGUCACUGUUGGUCUCUGCGAGCAGGACAUGGAUAUUUGUUUCUGA